CUGGCGCGCAGGCGCACUGGGGUGCGACGGGACGGGGAGAGCUGCGGGUGUGCACUGUGCGCAGUGAAUGCAAUUGGCCGCGGCGGUGUGCGGACUCGCAGCGACAGGCUGGCCCGGAGCUCCAGCGCCCGGGCGCUCGGGGAAGGCAGCGCGGGAACCCCGGGCGCUUUGGGAGGCGGGGUGUGCGUAGCGGGCAGGGGGGCCGGAGGCAGCGUUCGCCCCCGUUCCAGUCCCUGAGGGGAGGCUGCCCCGUCCCCGGGGGCGCCCAGGCAGGCACCAUGCCGCUCCCUCGUUGCACGCUCUCCGGCCAAGCACAUCAUUGUUUGCGUGUUUUAAAGUCAGUAAAGAAAGACUGUCUAUCGCCUUUGCAUAUUGUAAGAUGGGCUUCUACUUCCCCUGUGCCUCGAAUCACUACACACUAUACUAUUCAUUCUCGGAACAAAGACAAACGAUGGGAAGGGGUGAACAUGGAAAGAUUUGCAGAAGAAGCUGAUGUUGUCAUAGUUGGAGCAGGCCCUGCGGGUCUUUCUGCAGCUAUUCGACUCAAACAGUUAGCCAAUGAGUAUGGCAAAGAAGUUCGUGUCUGCCUAGUGGAGAAAGCUGCUCAGAUCGGUGCACAUACGCUUUCUGGUGCUUGUCUUGAGCCACGUGCUUUGGAAGAACUCUUACCGGACUGGAAGGAGCGACAGGCUCCGCUUCAGACUCCAGUAACUGAAGACAAAUUUGGGAUUUUAACGAAGAAUUCCAGAAUUCCAGUGCCAAUUCUUCCAGGCCUUCCAAUGACUAAUCAUGGGAAUUAUAUAGUGCGCUUGGGGCACUUUGUGAAUUGGCUGGGUGAGCAAGCAGAAGCUUUGGGUGUUGAGGUGUAUCCAGGCUAUGCAGCAGCUGAGGUUCUUUUUCAUGAAGAUGGCAGUGUGAAAGGGAUUGCCACUAAUGAUGUAGGCAUUCAAAAGGAUGGAGCACCUAAAGCUAACUUUGAAAGAGGUCUGGAGCUACAUGCCAAAGUCACCUUCUUUGCAGAAGGUUGUCAUGGACAUCUUGCCAAACAAUUGUACAACAGAUACAAUCUAAGGGAGAAAUGUCAACCUCAGAGCUAUGGUAUCGGACUGAAAGAGUUGUGGCUUAUUGAUGAAAAGAAAUGGAAGCCAGGAAGAGUGGAACACACUGUGGGCUGGCCCUUGGACAGACAUACGUAUGGAGGAUCAUUUCUUUAUCAUUUAAAUGAAGGUGAACCAUUGGUAGCUCUUGGGUUUGUGAUUGGUUUAGAUUAUCAAAAUCCCUAUUUGAGCCCAUUUAAAGAGUUCCAGAGAUGGAAACAUCAUCCCAGUGUGGUGCCCACUUUAGAGGGUGGAAAAAGGAUUGCCUAUGGUGCUAGAGCCUUGAAUGAAGGCGGUUUCCAGUCUAUACCCAAACUCACUUUCCCUGGUGGUGUAUUAAUUGGUUGCAGUCCUGGUUUCAUGAAUGUUCCUAAAAUCAAAGGUACGCACACUGCAAUGAAAAGUGGCAUGUUGGCCUCAGAAGCUGUUUUCAACCAAUUAACUAAUGAAAACCUCCAGUCGAAGACAAUAGGACUUGAUGUGCCUGAAUAUGAAGAAAACUUGAAAAAAUCCUGGGUGUGGAAAGAGCUCUAUUCUGUUAGGAAUAUCCGACCAUCCUGCCAUGGAGUACUGGGUGUCUAUGGAGGAAUGAUUUACACUGGUAUAUUUUAUUGGAUACUGAGAGGAAUGGAACCAUGGACAUUAAAACAUCCAGGGCCAGACUCUGAUCAGCUAAAGCCAGCCAAAGAUUGCACUCCUAUUGAAUAUCCCAAGCCUGAUGGAAAAAUCAGUUUUGAUCUCCUGUCCUCUGUGGCUCUAAGUGGGACAAAUCAUGAACAUGACCAGCCUCCUCAUUUGACUCUGAAGGAUGACAGUGUCCCUGUCAACAAAAAUUUAGCUAUAUAUGAUGGGCCAGAACAGAGAUUCUGUCCUGCAGGUGUUUAUGAAUAUGUUCCCCUGGAAACAGGAGAAGGGUUACGGCUGCAGAUAAAUGCUCAGAAUUGUGUCCACUGCAAAACAUGUGAUAUUAAAGACCCAAGCCAGAAUAUUAACUGGGUAGUACCUGAAGGGGGAGGGGGGCCAGCUUAUAAUGGAAUGUAAAUUUGAUCAAAACUAUCCAGUGUACUUCCCUGACAUGUUGUAACCAAGCUGAUCACUGACUGAAUGUUAAUUGGGUGAGUUACUGAGCCAGCUAAAUUUCAUACCACUAUGUGGUAAGAAAUUUCAUUAACCACUAUGUUAAAUAGUGAAUGCAAAGUCAAUGCAGUCAGACAGACCCUAGCCUUAGUUAUGAAAUAGGCCUUUUUACUGGAUCAAAGACAGUGGUACAGCAUCCCCAAAGUGCUCUUUUCUGUGACUUACAACUUGAUGAUAGAUCUAUCUCUUGCCAAAGUUCAGUGGUAACACCCCAAACCAUGGAUGUAAAAAAUACAGUGAAGUCUUAUAAUUUAUGGUGAAUUCACAUUUUCUGCUCCUUCCUAACAUGUUAUAUCAAUGCAAUCUUGGUUAAUUUCUACUUGCAUUAAGAGAAAACAAGUCAAGUGAGGGAAUACUGUAUCACUGUUUUCAAAGGUUACAUUAAGCAGACAAGCAAAUAUUUAACAAGCUCCCUGUUGUUUCAAGGGAAGAAACUUUUAAUAAAACUUAGUUUUGUGUGAA